UACUUGGAUGAACUGCUGAAGGAUAUGCGUAUGUUAUGCUCAAUAGAAGUGAAUCAUGCGAGUGGAUUCCGUCAUGCACAAGCGUUAUUAGCUGCUGAAAUUGAACGCGUUUGGAAUACUAUUUAUGUGGUUAAUCUCAACACAUCACAGACAUCUAUCGUAACUCAAGUCCAUGAAGCAUCUCAAUCAGACGGCAAUAUUGUAACACUGCAAAGAAAAAUUCCAAUCCCACGCCGUCCAGGAUGCAAAUACGUUGGGCGCAUUCUUGGACCACGAGGUAUUUCUAUAAGACAACUCGAAGCUGACACAGAUUGUCGUAUUCUGAUAAGAGGUAAAGGAUCGGUCAAAGAUUCGAGAAGAGAAGCACGUCUGAAGAAUAAAGCAGGAUGGGAGCAUUUAUCGGAGCCAUUGCAUGUGCUCAUAACGGCAAAUGAAAUAAACGAAUCACGUUGUGCAGUCAAAUUAGAACGUGCCGCCGAUAUGAUCGAACAACUGCUAGCCACUGAUAACGACGAAUACAAACGUCUGCAACUCGUUCAAUUGGCAAUUAUCAACGGUACCUAUCGACCCGGAGGAACGCAACGAAGAACCUGA